UUCGGCGAGUUGGGCGUCACCCCAGCGUAAAGAGCUAGCGUUUGUCUGUCGGCCUUGGCAGCCUCUGGUCCAAGCCCUGGUGGCCGGCGGCCGGUGAGAGCCUGUGUCCAGUAAGGGACCGGCUGGAGGAAGCCUCUGUCACUGGCCCCGCGCCGCGAUCACCCACUCUCGCGCCGAUGCACGGGACCGCCACAGCGCGCUGAGAGGCCUGGCACUGCUGCGGGACUCGGGAGUGACGGGAGGGCCCUCCCGACCCCGAGACCACCCUGCCAGGUCGCCAACCUGCCACCUGCAGGACGGCGACGCUCCCUCCCUUCCCAACUGCACUCAGCUCCACCUGACAUCUCGCGGACUCCACCAAUUGUCGUAAUCCCGGAUCUCCAGCGGCUUGUACGCAGAAAGCAUCAGGCCAAAUUCCCUCUGCUGCCUUGGAAUGCAUCUGCUCAAACUCCUGGAGCAGUCACAGCCAAGGACCUGGGCCAAACCACUGCUGUGACUGAAAGCCACCAACCCUUUUGGAAGGGUUGGUUAUGGGUUGGAUGGCCCUUGGCCACUCCUGAACUGCUUCACGCCAGCCUGCUGGCUGCAGUCCUGGUGCCUGCGUGCUCUCCCUCCAUUCUGACUCUGCCCCCACUCUGUUCUUCCUGCCUCCCUUCAGCAGUGAGACACAAGGCUGAACCAGGCCUCCAGGGAGCACAAGCGGCCCAUGGAGCCUCCUCUAGACAGCACAGCAGCAGCGGCCAGAGUGCCCCCUUGAGCCGCCGGAGCCAGGGCAUGCUGUCCUGUGGGAAGAGCCAUGAUGUUAAGGAAAAACAGAGGCAGGCAGGGUGCUGGCACAGGCCCCCUGAGUCUGUUUAGAACUGCCCUGCUGUUUGUCAGCCUGCCACGGGGCACCAGUGGCACCAGCGUUCUGGGCCACACUUUGCCACUGACAGGGGGCCACUACCUGAGCAUUGGGGAUGGCUCUGCGAUGGAGUUCGAGUUCCCUGAGGACAGCGAGGGCAUCAUUGUGAUCUCAAGCCACUACCCAUGCCAGACGAAUGGGACACGCCUGGGCCCCUCUCUGCGGGUCACAUCGCUGGACACAGAGGUACUGACCAUCAAGAAUGUGAGUGCCGCGAGCUGGGGCAGCGCUGGUAGUUUCGUGGUGAGCAUCCGUUCUGGUCUGGCUGGACUGGCCCCGCUCCACAUCGAGCUCGUGGACCCACAUGAUACUCCGCCAACACUCAUUGAGGAGCGCCGAGACUUCUGCAUCAAGGUGUCUCCUGCUGCGGACAGUCUCACUGCCGUGGGCACAGCCCAGGCCCACUUCUCUGAGAGCCCAAUACUCUAUCUGCUCCUGCCUCUGAUCUUUGUGAACAAGUGCUCAUUCGGCUGUAAAGUGGAACUCGAGGUUCUCAAGGGACUCAUACAUAGCCCCCAGCCUGUGCUGCUGGGCCUCCUGGGCCAGUUUCUGGUCAUGCCCUUGUACGCCUUCCUGAUGGCCAAAGUCUGCAUGCUGCCCAAGGCCCUGGCGCUGGGCCUCAUCGUCACAUGCUCAUCACCUGGCGGUGGAGGGAGCUACCUCUUUAGCCUCCUCCUUGGAGGGGACGUCACUUUGGCCAUCUCCAUGACUUUCAUCUCGACGGUGGCCGCCACUGCUUUCCUGCCCCUGUCCUCAGCCAUCUACAGCCACCUGCUCAGCAUCCAUGAAACGCUCCAUGUGCCCACCUCCAAGAUCCUGGGCACGCUGAUGUUCAUCGCCACCCCCACAGCAGCAGGUGUGCUCAUCAAGUCCAGGCUGCCUCGCUUCUCGCAGCUGCUGCUGCAGGCCAUCAGGCCCUUCAGCGUCGUGUUGCUCCUGGCUGGCCUCUUCCUGGCCUACCGCAUGGGCGUCUUCAUUCUGGCCGGGGUCAGGCUGCCUAUCGUGCUGGUGGGCUUCACAGUGCCCCUUGUUGGCCUCCUGGUGGGCUAUGGUCUAGCCACGUGUCUCAAGCUGCCGGUGGCCCAGCGGCGGACCGUCAGCAUCGAGGUAGGGGUGCAAAACAGCCUGUUGGCCUUGGCCAUGCUGCAGCUGUCCCUGCGCCACCUUCAGGCUGACUACGCCUCCCAAGCGCCCUUUAUUGUGGCACUCAGCGGCACCUCGGAAAUGUUAGCCCUGCUCAUCGGCCACUCCAUCUACAGCAGCCUGUUCGCUGUCUCCUGAGGCUGUCGGGUCAAGCUCUGCUCACCCUCAACGCCGAGACUCCACCGUACCCACAGUUCUUGUGUAGCAAAGGCCUUCAGUUCUCAUGCACUACGCAGCUGGAAAAAAAAAUACAGGCUUAUUUUUUGUACUGAUUUUUUUUUAUUCUCCAGCUUUCAAAGCGCCAGAGGCCAUGCUGAAUUAGGCAAAUGGGCACUGCCCACAAAAUAGAUUUUAAUAAAAGAAAGAAACGCACCCGGA